UACAGAACGAAUUAAAAUCGAAAGUAGUUUUUUUGAAUGUCUUACUUAGUCUUUGUCUUAUUUCUUCACUAAGUUGAUAAUGCUAAAUAGCAAGUAUUUUUUCAUUUGCCCGGCACUACUUUUUCUACAAGCAUGUUCUGUUUAUUCAUCUUGUAUCGAAAAGAAAGGAAUAAAUGAAAUUAUUUCGGAUUCCUACAAUGUUGUUGGCUUUAUCCAGUACCACAAAUGUUGGAAAGUAUUAAACCCAGCGAAGAAUAUAAUACACUUUCGACUGAGAGAAUUGCAUUUGUUGGCAAAGCCUCUUACAGCUGGCAACUUAACAAUAAUGCUAAAAGAUGAAAGAACGAAUCAUACUUAUUGGACUGAAUCGAAGUCUGGGAACAUCACAACCAUCUCUACUGACAUAGAAAUUCAUUUCAAAGUGAAUUCUGGUAGUUUCCCUAACAACUAUAAGGCCAACUUCACGUUGUAUUUCGAAAUGGAGGUUGGUAUUGCAGGUAUAGAAGAUGUUCGCUCGAAUGCUGUAACUUGGUUGAAAAAUCAACGCUCGCCUUUUCUAGAUUGGAAAGAAAAUACGCUGAGAGCCAUAACCGCUUUAUAUCUAUCAGGAAAUGCAACAUACAAUGGAACAGACGUGCGAGAAGAAUUGCUAAUUAGGCGUGCGGAGUUUUUAGUUUCCAGAGCUUUGCAGCGCAAUGAGAUUUCAGAAAUAGAUUUGAGCUCUUACAUCAAUUUUCUGCGAGUAACCUGUAAUUCCCCACGCCAUUUUGCUUCGUAUGAUUUAAUACAGCUGUUGCGAAGUAAGUUGGAAUCUUCUGGCAAUUUUACACAUCCUUCAGUCUAUUUGGCUCUGUGUAAUGCUAAUGAAAAAUGGCCUCAAAGAGCUGUAUCUGACCUCACAAACGUGUUGACCAGCACAUCUGAAUACCUCUUUGUUAAAGACAUACAAUCGUUUGCAUUAAUGGCUAUCUCUUGCAAAAUGACUUCCCUCAAUACCUCCGAAAGGGGCAGUCUGCUUCCUAUCUACAUCAGAAGUAUUUCUAACUUGAAACAGAAACAACUAUCUGACGGUAGUUUUGGAGAUAUUUACGAAACUGCUAUUGGCAUACAGACAUUAAUAUCCAGUGGAAAUGAAUUCGCAUAUGACUGGAAUUCACGAGCAGCAGUCAGAUAUAUAACAAAUCAACUGAAUUCGUCUGAAGUGGAUUUUCAAGCUAUCUACCUUUCGUUACCACUGUUAAACAGAAAAAGUCUUGCUGAUAUUGCUGAAAGGAAUUGCUCAGGAAACCCGAGAAAUAAUGAAGACUCCGUGGAUGAACUCAAAGGAUCUAAAAUUGAAGUACCAGAGGGUCAUGUCCGAUAUUCGCUAUUUAUAGGAGAUAAGAAAGAGCUGAUACGUACUAUAACAUUUCAAAUCCCUGAUAAUUUUACAGCUUAUCAAGUGAUGCUGAUGGCAGAAGUCCAAGAUUUAAAAUAUAAAUUUCUUUGGAAAAGUGUAUCUGGCAAAAUGUAUGUGCAAGAAAUCUCACAAAUACCAAACAACCCCGAAAAUGGAAAGUUCUGGCUUCUAUAUUUGGGCUCUAAUAGCAGAAAACCACUUAUUCCUUACUUUAAUAAGGGUCCUGAUGAAGUUAAACUGAUGCAUGGUGAUCAUCUAAUUAUGUGGUACAAGACUAUAGAAAUUUAACAUCUGGGACACAAAUGAAUCUAGAAUUUCCUGUGAUUUUCAUCUUAAAUUAAAACAUAGAACAAAAGAUUACGGGGAAAAAAAACUUCCUAACUUAAAGAUAUUUAUCUUUCAUAUGUACAAUAGGAUAAAAAGAAAAAAAAAUUUAAUUUAUACAUCAGAAUGAAUAUUUCAAAAGAAAAGCUUCUGAACCAAAAGACAUUUAUAUUAUCUAUGUAUAACAGAAUUGAAGAGAAAAAAUAUCAUUUAUACUCAUUGUAAAUGAAUUUUUG